GUGCUGGGGAUCGGUGCGGGCUUGCUGCGCGCGCCGCUUGAGGGUGGUAGUGGCGGUGGUGGUAGCGGUGACGGUGGCUGUGGCAGUGGGAGCCCUCUCUCGCGGAGCCGCCGCCCGCAGCCGUGCCGUGGCGCCACGGUCGUCAACCACGUAUUCAUGGCGUGCGUGGUGCUGAUGGCGGACCCGACGCUGGCGCUGUGCACUGGCGGCGUCGGCAGCAGCUACGAGGAUCACAGCACUAGCAGCAGCAGUGAUGGAGGCAGGGGGCCAAUGACGGGGUGCGACGCCGAGGACGAGACGCGGCGCGCCGAGAUAGUCUCGGCGUGCCGGUUGCUCGAGAAGGCAGCGUUCGAGUCGGCGAUCGCGGCCGGGCUCAUGCACAAGCUGGUCGGCAUCCUGCGGCGGUACCGCGUGCACGGCGUCGUGCAGGCGGCCGCCAUUGCCGAGCAGCAGCAGCAGUUGCAGCAGCAGCUGCCGCUGCCCAUGGAGGCCAUGCCGCCGACCAACCUCGCCGACGGCUACCCGCCGUACUAUCCAUCAGGGGCAGGAGCAGGCGCAGCGCCGGUGCUGUUCGGCGCCAGCGGCGCAGAGCAGAACAGCGGGAUCGUCGCGGGCAUUGGAGAGCAGUUCAUCGCGUCGUCGCCGUCGUCGUCUUUCUCGACCUUGCUGGACCCACAGCAGCAGCCUGUCGGCGGGAGUGGCAUGCCUGUCGAGUGGGAGUAUUAUGGAGACGGCAGUGGCUCGGAGGUGCCGUCCGACCCCAUCAUCGAGGGCAUGGUGUGGGAGAAUCUGCUGGGAAGCGCCUUGGCUGUGGAUGAUGGUGGGUGGAGCCAGCUGUUUGCGGACCUGGACGGGCUGGCGAAUCGAUUUUGAAGAUUUGCUUUUGGUUUUAGCGAGGUGAUCUUGGGUGGUGGGCUGGCUAAUGAUGGGCUGGCCAAUUCGGAGUUCGUUAGUGAGAUAGACAAACCAUCUCGGCAACGCGUAUCCGUAUUACAAAAGGCUGCGCAAAAGAGAUGAUGUUAAGUUCCAGAAUCUGAAAGACUGCCUGCUUUUGGGGAUUCUGGGAGGAAGGAGUGGAUGUUGCCGAGGUGGAAAGUUUUCG